GAAGAGAAAGAGAGGCAUCGAUACGUGUUCUCGGGGAAGAAGAGACCAGUCGGUAAGAGGGUGAGAGAAGGGGAGAAGGGAAGAGCGGCGCAUGCCGUAGCCACGUCCCCGUCCCCUCCCCCUCCCCGACGACUCUAAAACUCGUGCGGAGCAGAUGAGAGCAGAGAGCAGAGCCCCCGUGUCGGUCGAAUUUUAAUGGCGGCCGAUCCCGACUCCGCCGUUUGCAGUGUUGUGUUGUGAGGUGACACGGACGGCCGCUCGGCGCUCGCGCGGCGUCGACGUAUGAUAUCGAGACGUUACGCGAUCAUCGUCGCGGAUCAUCGUCCGGUGACAGUCCCCGGGACGGCGCGGGUGUGCGUUGUGCGAGUGCGGUGGCCACGGCGGCAGCGACAGCCCGUUCGUGGUGGCGACCAGUGGCCUCUGUACGAGAACCGGGAGCGAGCCUCCUCUGCGCGGGCAUGUCGCAUAUCCGCGAUGUGCCGUAGCGAACGUCGCAUCGUUGCACGAGCCUCGUAGCGUGCGUGCACAUCCACGAGCAAGGUAAAUUCGCCAGCAAACUCGGCCGCGAGCCGAGGUACGGUGGCGACCCUGGCGUCUCGCCCGUUGAUUGUUGCUCGCGCGACAGGCCGCGCUGUACACGCGGAUUCCGCGUCUCUCGCCUCGCGGAAUCGACGAGUCUUCCUUUCCGCUCCCUCGCGGGAUCCUCGCGGAUCCCCCGCAACCGUCGCGGCCAGGUCGUGUUUUGGUAUCGCGACGUGAUCGCGGUGAGAACGAGAUGAGGAGAACGGGAGAGGGGGGAGGUGAUGGCGGCGGAGGAGGAGGAGGGUGGUGGAACGGGGAUGGUAAUCCUUGCCUCUUUGUGCGAAGACAGUGGCCUUUAGCUGUCAAGUGCAGCUACGUACGCUGGUCACGCUAAUGAAGGACGGGGCGUGUUACGGUAUUGCCCGAAAUUCGCGAAGCCAUCUGUCUCCCCUCAUUCCUCCCCUCCCCUCGCUUCUCCUCCCAUUUUCCUCUCACCACUCGUCGCGUGUGCUUUUUCAUUGUUAGCUCGAGAUGAGAGUAUCAUUUAACGAAAUAACUGAAGAAAAAGUAGACAAAACAAAACGAGUGUGUUGAAAGGGGAAAAGUGAUCCGAGUGCCUAAAUAAUUGGACUAAACUGGUUGAAGGCACAUUAAAUAUAUUUAAAAAAAAAAAAAAAAAAAAAAAAGUUCGAUGAGCUGCCUAUUUACGCUCCUUGACAGCCGACGAGUACAACGGCGAGAAAUGGAAGCUCGUUUACACGACGAACGCAUGACAUUUUAUUUCGGAUUUAAUUGUUUCACAGUGUUUCGUCGCGAGUGAUAAUCUUUUUUUCAAUAUUGCACUCUAGACUAUUAAAGUCGCUGUUGUGCAUUUUUUUAAGGAGUACCAGACAAUGAUCGACAUGUCGGUGCCUAGAUUUAAGCACAGCUGGUAGUACUGCGUUAACACUGGCUCGCUACCAGCAUAGCAGGACACGCAUCCCAAUACCAUACCUUUUACAUUUCCUACCUUAGACCUGCAUACGCACUGACGCACACGUGUAACGUGUGCGCAUGUGCUUUGUCAGUUGUCGCAUACACACCAUGAGAUUCCUGGGACUUACCCAGUCAUUUCCCAAAUCGUUCAUUGUGACACCUCCGCUGCUGUUCGUUUAUCGAUCAUCCUUUUCAUCCAUGUCCAUUGCCACAUGGUUCCUAGUGAUACUGGCGACUGCGGCGAUAGAUACUCCUGCUAGCACUGUCCCACUGAUGCAGGAUAAUAAAUCACCGCAUAUAUUGGCACAGUUUCCAGCGGAGAAUGGACAGCGAUAUGGACAUUUCCCCUUGGAAGCCAAUGCAACUAGAGAGGGAGCUUUGAGAUUUAACCAUCUCACCAUAGAUCCUUCCAUGGGAAGACUCUAUGUGGGUGCAGUCAACAGACUCUUUCAACUUGAUUCGAAUCUCAAAUUGGAAGAGCAUGUCUCAACAGGCCCGAGAAUGGAUAAUCCUCAGUGUCAUCCAACAGGUUGCACGGCAAGAGACAUAACUCCCUCUCUAAUGGAUAAUGUGAACAAGCUACUAAUUGCCGAUCUCGAGUCGCAGACAUUAAUCGCCUGUGGCUCUCUUCUUCAAGGUGCUUGUGAAAAAUACAAAAUAGCCAACAUAUCUGUCAAGCCAGAGUUUAUCCCCCUCAGCGUGGCCGCUAAUGACGAAAAUUCAUCCACGUACGCUUUCAUCGGGCCCGAAAAGUAUAAUUCAUGGGGGCAAACGAACAUUCUCUAUGUGGGAACGACGUUUACUAAUAAAGGAGAUUAUCGUCACGAUGUACCUGCCAUCUCUAGUAGAAAUCUCGACAAGCUGGAGUUUGCAGAGUAUACAUUCAAUAAACAAUCAAUUGUGUAUAUCGAUGUCAAGUAUCGGGAUCACUUUCUCGUGAAAUAUGUGUAUGGUUUCAACGCGAGCGAUUACGCGUAUUUUGUUCUGGUGCAGAAACAAUCGUAUUUGCCCGAACAAGAGGAACUGGGAUACAUUUCCAGAUUAGCGCGAAGUUGUAUAAGCGAUCCGAAUUACGAUAGUUACACAGAAGUAACCCUACAAUGUACAGUCGAUUUGGGGGAUGGAAAACAGCAUUAUUACAACUUGAUUCAGGAUGCAAAAGUCGCUGCAGCGGGCAGCGAUCUGGCUAUGCAACUCGGCAUUUCCGUGGGCGAUCCGGUGUUCGUUACCGUAUUUUCGCCCAGUAGAGGCAUCACGAACGAAGCUUUAUCACGUUCGGCAGUUUGCAUAUACAGCCUGCAAGAUAUCGAAACCAAGUUCAACGAAAAUAUUCACAUGUGUUUUAAUGGUAGCAUCAAGUAUCGAAAUAUGGGUUACGUUAGCGGUCCUAUACAAGACGGAAAAUGUCCUACUGCUGGUACCACAGGAAACAUUCUUAACUUUUGCGAAGUUGGACUGAAAAUUUCGGGCGUAUCACCAAUUACGGGCCAAGCCAUCUUGCAUUUUCCUGAUACAUUUAUCUCUUCGAUAACCAUCGCCAAUACCGAAAGCCACACUGUAGCAUUUUUCGGUACAAACGAUGGCGUUCUUAAGAAGGUUUUGCUGUCUGGAACCGAAGCAUUCGUUUAUGAAAGUGUUACAAUCGAUAAGGGACAAAAACUAUUGCCAGAUACAUUGAUUUCACCUGAUGGCGAUUAUAUAUAUGUGUUGUCCACUUCGAAAGUAUCAAAGGUUAAAGUGGAACACUGUAGUGGUUACACUAAUUGCAGCAGUUGCCUUGAUGCAAAAGAUCCUUAUUGCGGCUGGUGCUCUUUGGAGAAGAGGUGUACCAUAAGGGGAGAUUGUCAGAAAGCGAGUCACAGCAGUCCACGAUGGUUAUCCUUGGGUACAGGUCAACAAUGCAUCGAUUUCGAGCAGGUGUUACCCGAUCGUAUGCCUAUUAAUCAGAUGACCACGGUACAAUUAACAAUCAGAACUUUGCCGGAAUUACCAACGGGCGCUAAUUACAAGUGCGUUUUUGGUAACGCCGAGCCAAUAGAUGCGCUGAUGACUGGUUUCGGAUUGUCUUGUCCAACCCCACCCGUCAUGGAGAGACCCAGUAUUCCCGAGGGCACCGAUCAUGCGCUCGUACCGCUGUCCGUGCGAUCGAGCGAGACGAAUAAAGAUUUCGUUUCGCGUAACUUUGCGUUUUUCGAUUGCUCGAGACAUACCGUGUGUACCGAGUGUGUAAAGUCACAAUGGGCAUGCAGUUGGUGCGUCUAUGAUAACAAAUGCACUCAUAAUACUAGCUGUCAGGGCAUUAUAUCGGGAGAAAAUCAAAAUCAAAUCAACCUUGCUCCGCAAGGCGCACGGCACUGUCCGAGAUUCGUAGAACGCAAAGAACGAUUGAGGCUGCCGAACAGCGUGCCCAAGGAAAUAGUGCUCGAAGUAGAAAAUCUGCCACAUCCGCAGGUAGGCCAUAGCGGAUUCCAAUGUAUCGUCAGUAUCGAGGGUGCCAAUCUGAAGGUACAAGCUCGCGUGGACAGUAGCCGUCUCAUCGUGUGUGACAAGACAGUAUAUUCAUACGAAGCGGUCACCGGCGAAUAUGAGGCCGAAGUGACAGUUGUCUGGAACACAAAUCACCAUGUGGACAAGACUACGAUAAUUUUGUACAAAUGCGAGGUGCUCGGCUCGCAUCGCGAACACGCGGACUGUUCCCUGUGCGUGACGCGGGACGCUCGAUUCGAGUGCACUUGGUGCGGGAAUAGCUGCGUGUAUCGGCACUCGUGUCUGCAGUCGCCGUUUGCUGAGUGUCCGAAGCCUCGGAUAGAUAUGAUCAAGCCGUUAAGCGGUCCGGUCGAAGGUGGAACGCUGGUGACUAUAGAGGGCAGCAAUCUUGGGUUGAAGGAGAGCGACGUGGAGGGUAAGAUACACAUCGGUAAAACUCCAUGCACUUUGGUAGAUUACGAGGUAUCGGUGCGCAUCGUCUGCCGCACCGGUCGGCACGAAGCCACAGACGCGGCGUCUGUUAUGGUUGGAAAUGACGCCGGUUUCACGGAAAGCGCAGUGCUAUUCAAUUAUAAAGACAUACGCCUGACAGGCGUAUAUCCGUCAGUCGGACCACAGAGCGGCGGUACGCAGUUGGCUAUCACCGGUAAGUAUCUAAAUAUUGGCAGCGCGAUAUCUGCGUACCUUGAUGAGCUGCCAUGUCAGGUAAACGCGACUCAAGCGAGCAGCACGAGACUGACUUGCGUGACUAGUAAAUCGGGCCGCGUCAGGCGAAUUCAUAAAUUGACGUUGAAUAUCGAUGGUGCAAAUCGCACUCUCGUGGACAAUCCGUAUAAUUACACUCAUGAUCCGACCAUAAUGGAGAUUAAACCCUUGAGAAGCUUUGUUUCGGGCGGCCGUAUGAUCACCGUUCACGGAACGAAUUUGGAUACUAUUCAGAAACCUGAAAUGGAAGUUUACUUUGACAACGAGCCGUUGCCAAUAAAUAGAACCGUUUGCACCGUCCUCAAUCCUACGCAAAUGGAGUGUCCGAGUCCGAGUAUUACCAAGAGAUUCACCUCAAUCCGACGUAACGAACGUUCAGCGGUUGCCAAUGUUCAAGGCACUUCGUCGCCGCAAUCAUCAAGACUGAAGGAGUCCCACUUGUCUCUCAAAAUCGCCUUCAUCAUGGAUAAUGUAGAAAGUGUGAGAGACUUGGAAAAGCACUUUCAGAAUCUUCGUAAUCGGUUGUUUUACGUCGAAGAUCCGAAAUUUUUCCCAUUCCCACGGAAUGUUAAAUUAUACAAGGGCGACACAUUGGUGAUUGAGGGCGAGAAUCUCAACUAUGCCAGCGACGAAUCUGACGUGAAUGUCACCGUUGGCACCAUGCCGUGUAAUGUGACGUCGCUCGCUCUCACGCAAUUAGUUUGUACUCCACCGGAUCAACAACCCGCCGAUACGGACGAACUCGGCAUCAAAACCGAAAGUGGGUUGCCGUUGGUAGUGGUACGAGUCGGUCGUAGUUUACGUUUCCCCAUUGGUUAUCUACGCUAUGAAGUCAUCAAAUCAUAUACGAUACCUCCAGAAGCGAUCGCCAGCAUCGCCGCCGGUACUUUCGGUCUCAUCUUUCUGUUUAUAUUGGUGUUGGUCAUUUAUCGUCGUAAGAGUACUCAAGCAGAGCGCGAAUAUAAGCGUAUACAGAUACAAAUGGACACGCUCGAAAGCAAUGUCCGGAUGGAAUGCAAGCAAGCAUUCGCAGAAUUGCAGACGGACAUGACGGACUUGACUGCGGAUCUCGAAUCGUCAGGCAUACCUACUCUUGAUCAUAAAAACUACAUCAUGAAAGUGUUCUUCCCUGGAGUGAUAGAUCAUCCUAUAUUAAAUGAUCCGCGCUCUCGCAGCAAUGUCUCGCGUACUAAUUAUGAUGCAGCAAUGAUACAGUUUGAACAACUCGUCAACAAUAAAUAUUUUGUGUUGACGUUUAUAGAAACUUUGGAAGCACAAAAGGACUUUAAUAUCAGGGAUAAAGUAAAUGUCGCCUCCUUGCUCAUGGUAGUCUUAAUGGGAAAGAUGGAAUACGCCACAGAUAUCCUGAUGAAUCUAUUAUUGAGAUUGAUUGACAAAGCGGUGAACACGAAGCAUCCGCAACUUAUGCUAAGACGAACGGAAUCUGUAGUAGAAAAAAUGUUGACAAAUUGGAUGGCGCUUUGCAUGUAUAACUAUUUGAAGGACUACGCUGGCUCUUCCUUAUUUUUGCUUUUCAAGGCAAUCAAGCAUCAGAUUGAGAAGGGACCGGUGGAUGUAAUUACACACGACGCAAGAUACUCCCUCUCGGAGGAGAGACUUUUGCGCGAGCAGAUUGAGCAUACGAUCGUCACGUUGCACGUAGUACAGGACGAUCUCGAUGAGAAGAUACAGUGCAAGGUCCUGGAUUGCGAUACCAUAAGCCAGGUAAAAUCCAAGAUCCUCGACGCUCUGUAUAAGAAUACUCCGUUUUCGCUGAGGCCGUCCGUACAUGAUGUUGAUUUAGAGUGGCGGCACGGUCGUGGUGGUCACUUGACCCUUCAGGAUGAGGAUCUCACGACCAAGUGCUGCGGCGAGUGGAAGAAGAUAAAUACAUUAGCGCAUUACGGCGUCAAAGAGUCAGCUGUAAUGUCACUGAUCCCCCGGCAGAACGACGGUUUCUUGGUAGCGUGCAAACCACCCUGCCAAAAUUGUAAGCCUUCGCAUUAUCACCCGCAACAGCAACCGUCGAAUCACCCGCAUCACCCGCCGUCGCACCAUCUACAUCGACACUCGAAUCACUGUUCGUCCACGCAUCUUCCAUCCACACCCAAUCACGGGCUAAUCAGUCCCGUGAUGUACAAUCAUCCUAUGAGCGGUCUAUAUUUUGACUCUCAACAUUCGCCGCCCAUUAUAACGGCAAACGGUGACGUUGAGAGCGGUCAUGGCGGUAACCAGCGGCUGUACCAUCUGGUGAGGCCUAUCGAGGACGUGCAUUAUCCUCCCGGCUUAGGCUUUAACAGUAGCAGCAAGCAUCAUCAUCCCGAGAGAACGCACAAGGCGAUCCCGGAGAUAUUUCUCACGCGAUUACUCUCGACCAAGGGCACUGUACAAAAGUUUGUCGAUGAUUUUCUAAACACCAUACUGACCGCCAACGAGGCGCUGCCAAGCGCGGUCAAGUGGUUAUUCGAUCUCCUCGACGAAGCAGCCAAACAGCACGGCAUUAUCGAUCCAGAGGUGCCGCACGCGUGGAAAUCGAACAGCCUGCCACUCCGAUUCUGGGUAAAUUUCAUUAAGAAUCCGGACUUUAUGUUCGAUAUCAACAAGUCCACAACAGUGGACUCGAGUCUCUCCGUGAUCGCGCAGACGUUCAUGGAUUCGUGCUCGAUGACGGAACACAGACUGGGCAAAGACUCGCCGUCUAACAAGCUGCUCUUCGCCAAGGACAUACCGCACUAUCGUGAGAAAGUGGGUCGAUUUUACACAGAUGUGCAGAGAUUGCCGCAGAUCACCGACCAGGAGAUGUCUAGUGCCAUGCAGCAAUUGAGCGCAUCUCACGCCAACGAGUUUGAUGUGAUCGCGGCACUGAAAGAGCUCUACAUCUAUGUCAGCAAGUAUUAUGAACAAAUCCUAGAGGCCUUGGAGACAGAUGCGGGCUGUCGUAAACUACACCUAGCUCAUAGACUAGAAAAUGUAGCGUACACGCUCGAGGGAGAAGAGACCAGUGCCUGCUGACAUACCCUCCUCACUUCCAUCCCAGGACCCGUCAACCUCUCCAGAAACACUGACUAGUGCCUCCACUUCAUGCAUCAGAUACACCUCGUUACAUAUGUACAAAUAUUACACAAAUACAACACACCAUGUGAAUAACAAUGCCGUAAAAAGAGAUACACGCGAUUUCGUUAGGGCUAGUCAGGCGAUAGGUCACGGGAUUAGAGACACAGUCCUCGUGGUUGUAUUUUACCGUCUUUACGUGUUGGCCAUACCGAAAUACGCUUGUAAACAUGUAUGGAUAUUGGUACGGCAAUAUGUACGCGCCUCUGAUCCUUCAAUUACGAUGUUGGAUAGAUGCCUAUUGUGAAUCUCUCUCUAGAAAUCGAGUAAGGUAGUAUUUAUAUAUGAAUCUCUCAUUAAGUAAGGUAAUAUUUAUAUGAAUAUCUCUUAUCGAAUUCGAAUCUCAAUUCGUAGAAUUAACCUUUUCGCGGACGAUUGUUGUUAUCGUAGUGAGAGAUAAUUUAGUUCUAAGUAAUUAAAUUAUUUUUAAGGCUCUGGAGUAGUCACCGCGGCCAUCUUCAAUUCGUGAAGUCAUAAGCGAGAAAGGACACCCAGAUUUAUAUUGCCUGAUAUAGAAUAGACUUAGACUGACAUCUGACUCUAAAUAAAAACAUAUUUGAAUGAAAUAAGACUACCAAUCUCUUCAGCACACCUGUAAAAAUGGACGGAUACUAAUCCUUUCCUUUCACAAUUUAUAAAUAGCCGUAAAUUGAGUCCGAAAUGAAGCCUUGAAAAUGCGAAAAAAACACGCGAUUUGACAGCUGUCGAAAGGAGAGGAAAAUGUUACUUUCUAAAGUUUAUUCACUUAUACAGCUUAUUCACUUAUACAGCUUAGUAUCCGUUCAUUUUUACAAGUUUCCUUAAUACAUUGCACACCACAACACUAGCACAAAGCAAAUAAUUAUGAAAUGGGACGCAACGUAAAUUGGGCUGUCAUUUCUCGCUUACGAGGCCAUUUUUCACGCCUUAAGACCGCAGCAUACACUUUUGCAUAAGCGUAUAACCAUAAGCAUAAGAAAAUUAAUUGGUUCAUUUUCUUAUGCAUAUACUUGGGGACCAAUCAAUUUCCUUAUGGUUAUGCGCUUAUGAUUAUGCGCUUAUGCAAAAGUGUGCGCUGCGGCCUUUAUAAUUCACUCUCAACCUAUGUCGCCACCGUCAACUCAUAGUUGACGUGCGGUGAGUACUCCGGAGCCUUAACGUUUACUUUAUUUUUCACGAUGUUGUUAUAUGUUUAUAACAUCGGUCUCGGCGUUUUCCUCCUGUCGGGACUCUUUUGAGGAUCUGAGACGUGGAUCGGUGCAAAUACUUUCUUAGAAGAAAUUUAAAGUGUAAAUUUUACAGUCGAUCUGAUAUCUAUACGUGUGUACGCAAAUACGGAACACAUAAAGUAAAAGUAACAUGUCUAAUGGUAAGUGAGAAAAAGCCAUAGUGUCCACCAGACUGUCUGUACGGAAGCAACGUACGGCAGCGAGUAGUCUGUGAUCCGAGCACGAGUGGCUAUGCCUAUUAUAUCUUCAUUAUGAUAUACAUAAUUAUUAAUAUGUUAUAUAUAUAUACACAUAAAAUAUAUAUAUAAAGCAAAGAAUCGUGCGCGACACACCUCCACGGAUUGUAGUGAGCUAGUUAGAGAGGGACUAUAUGUAUUAUAAAUUGAAAGGGUUACGCACACCCUUAUAAUUCACAGAGACAGAGUAACAGAUAAUAUUAAAUUAAGGCGAUUUUAAAGUAAUGCGCGUUAAAAAAAAUUUAAAGUUAAAAGUUAUAUAAGAGCAGCUCAGUCUACUCUAGGCCUAUCCACGUAUAUCGUGUACGUCAAACAAAUCUUUUUCUCUUAUUUUUAUCUCGUUUGCUUCUCUUUCUCCGUACGCCACAUAAAUCUUUCUAAAAUAUAAUACUGUGCCGAACACGGUAAAAUGCUAAUAUUAUAUUUUAGAAAGAUCAUUUUGUGAAGCAUUUAUCUAAUAAAUUAAUCUCUUCAUUGUAUGUAUUAUUAUAUUAUUACAUUAUUAUGUUAUUAUCAUCGGUUAUACAUUAUUAUUAUUAUUUUUUCAUUAUUGUCUAUAUAUAUACAUAUAUAUAAAUAUUAAUGCUGCCCAUUAAUUAUUGCUAUAUUGUUAGAAAUAACGAAUGACAGAUGCAAAACGAAACGGAUCUCUUUUUAGAUUGCCGAAAAUAUUACGAACUAAUUUGAUCAUGUUGUAGAAAGAGUUUUGUAUUUGGUCAAAAUUUAUGCCCAAUUGUAGUAAUAGUCGUAUGAAUUGCAGACACUCGUCAUGGCACAACGACAUGCCCCUACAAACACAGUGUUCUUUGAAUAAUCGUAACUUGCUUAUUUUUAGUUAAUAUAUAAGACUGGCAGAAUUUUUUAAUUCGCAUUUAUUUUUUUUUUUUACCUUUAUUUCCUUUUUUUUACGAAUCUCGAUAUUGCGUAACGUCAACGGACGAUUAUUACAUUGGUCACGCACACACUGCCAAGUUUUUCCACAAAUUGUCGAUCCGUUCAGCCAAUAUAAGCUCGUUCAAUCGAGGCGCAACAAGCCUCGAUCGACGAGUCAUCGAUGUAGGUCCAGGGAGGCUGGGGACAUGCUCAUACUCUUGUACUUAAUAAUGCCGUCGUGUAAUUUCAAUUAUAUACUCUAGGUCCUCAGGCUCCCCCGUCAUUCGCAAUCAUCAGCAACCUAUGUAUCUCUCUAUUAUAUGUAUAUCGUAUUUAUUUAUAUAUUACACGAAAAAUAAAUUGUAACUCGAUCGCGUAUGUACGUCAAUCUGUAAGUUUUUAUAUUUUAUCACGUAUCUCUUUGUAUCGAAUUGUAUGAAUAUUAUAUGUCUGUAUACGUCUAUUUGUUUUUUAUGCAAGUAUGCGUCUCUCGGUAUGCGUGCCAUCUGUUUCGAUGCGGUAAGAAAUUUAUUCCCACGAGUUUUUUUUCUUUUGAAAAUAAAACGUGAUUUAGUUCAAGUAUCUAUUCUUCGAAUGUAAUGGCAAAUCGUGUGACAUUAUUAAUUAGAUUUAUUUAAAUUCCAUUUAUAAGAAAGGAUGAUAUUCUUUCAUUUUAGAUUCACAUGUAGUGAAUAAAUUUAAUACCGCUUGAUACAGUCUUCCCCGGAUGAGAUCGGAGAUUUGAUUUUGAACUGAAUUUUCAUACUGAUUAUUGUGCAACGUUUCGUAUGUAUUUUUUAUAUAUAUAUAGUUUAAAGUUCGCAGAGGUGCCAUGUUUUCGUCCGCGAACUCAAAACCAAUCACAGAUAUAUAAUACCUACUUAUAUAUAUAUAUAUAUAUAUAUAUAUAUAUAUAUAUAUAUAUAUGUAUACACAUACACAUAUAUACAUGUAUACAUUUUAUUCACAAAACGAUUAUAUUUCCAUUGAAAUUUAAUAUAUGCAAAUUGGAACAUUCAUACAAUUAAGCUAACUAGAAUUUCGAACCGGUAUCGAAAUCCGUGCGAACACAGGAUAACGAAAGUACAUUUAUAUAUAAACAUAUAUAUAUAUAUAUAUAUAUAUAUAUAUAUAUAUGAUUAAAAAUUGUAUAAAUGGGAUAAAGUGUAACGGGUUUGCACUUGUUCGUCCCUGCAUUGAAAGUAUCAUCUCUGAUCUUUUAAUUUCUAUUAGCACACUUUAACAAUGUAAGUCGCCAUUCUUAUUUGUUAAAAAUUUGUAAUUAAGAAUUAUAUAUAUUAUAUAUGUAUACAUACAUAUAUAUAUAUAUGUAUAUGUAUAUAUAAUAUAUAUAUAAACAGAGAGAGAAGCGCGUUAACUCAAAAUGUAGCAGCUGCAAUGUGUCACCAAUGAUUGCGAGUAUAUUACAAAUGACUUAAUCGACUGUAAGCACUGCCGUUAACGUUAUUUUGGAGAAAAAUACACAACGAUAAAAAAUUGCCGUCGCUACACGCCCUACAAACGUCCUCUGUUCCCUUAACGAGGGAAGGAAUAGAGUAUUUGUAUAUGUACACACAUAUAUAUAUUGCACUUUUGAUUUUUCGUUUAUCACUGCCGUGAUUUUGCAUUUAAGAAACAAGACUAUCACCGAGCCACUGUAUUGUAACAGUCUGUUCUGUAACGCGUUAAUUCCUUGUACAUUUCCUCAUAAAGGAAACUGAGGAGAACCAACAAACGACUAUUCUAAAGCUGUACAACUAUUUAACUUCAUCUCGUAUCUUCUAAUCGCAGCGCAGAUUUGUCGUUGAAUGCAUUUGCGUUUACGAGAGCUUGUAUGUUGAUAUCUAGUGCAAUUUGUUUAAUUGUAUGUGGUGAGAAUACGGACGUUUCUUUACGUUUGAGUAAUAUUAUGCUGUGCAGAUUGACGUACAUGGGAAUACACGUGCGCACAUAUUCGUAUUUACAAAUGUUCACACACCAAACACACACACACACACACACACACUUAUACACGUCGUUAUAUCAGAUGCCAGUGGGCCUCCUGACAAGCGCAAAAUGUUUUUUUUUUUUUUUUUUUCAUGAAAUUUAAUUUGAAAGAUAUUCGUGCGAUAUGUAAAAUAUGUCGAGCAACGUUCGAGUUUGAUCCAAUAGAAUCCAUAUAUAAUCUCGCUAUACUUUACGAACGUACAAAUGCUUGCGAUUCUGCCGCGUUAAAUCGGAAAAAAUCAAUUUGAAAAGAUAUUUUGUAUUCAUUUUUUCAUAUUUUGACAGUACACCAUAUUUACAUUCUCAAUUUUCAUCUA